AUUAGAACCAUAGCUAUACUAGGGUUAGACCACAGAAGGAUCAUGACGGUAAAUGAAACCCAACACACCGAUACAGCGAGCUAUGCCGACAAGAAUGACGCCUUGACGUUCAUGUUGGAGUCGUUGUUCGGGAAGAGUGGCCCAAGCCAAACCAAGCAUGACAAAUGGGCCAAUUAUCCAGUUGAGUACGAGGGAAAGAAGAAUGUGCAACCAUAA